UUGAGGAGCAUUAAGAAAACUCUUUCUGCCUCUUUCACAGAUCGCGAGAACCAGUCGAUCCUGAUCACUGGAGAAUCCGGUGCAGGGAAGACUGUGAACACAAAGCGUGUCAUCCAGUACUUUGCAACAAUUGCAGCCAGUGGGGAUAAGAAGAAGGAGGAGCAGUCUGGCAAAAUGCAGGGAACGCUUGAGGAUCAAAUCAUCAGCGCCAACCCACUGCUGGAGGCCUUUGGAAACGCCAAGACCGUGAGGAACGACAACUCCUCACGCUUUGGCAAAUUCAUCAGAAUCCACUUUGGAGCCACAGGCAAACUGGCUUCUGCUGACAUUGAAACUUAUCUGCUGGAGAAGUCCAGAGUCACUUUCCAGCUCAAGGCAGAAAGAAGCUACCACAUAUUUUAUCAGGUCACCUCCAACAAGAAGCCAGAGCUAAUCGACAUGCUCCUCAUUACCACCAACCCUUAUGAUUUCCACUUUGUGAGCCAAGGUGAGGUCACUGUUCCCAGCAUUGAUGACCAAGAGGAGCUCAUGGCUACAGAUAGUGCCAUUGACAUCCUGGGCUUCACUCCUGAUGAAAAGACAGCCAUCUACAAGCUGACAGGGGGUGUCAUGCACUACGGGAACCUGAAGUUCAAGCAGAAGCAACGAGAGGAACAGGCAGAGCCGGAUGGGACAGAAGUUGCUGACAAGGCUGCCUACCUGAUGGGCCUGAACUCAGCUGAAUUGCUCAAAGCCCUGUGCUAUCCCCGAGUCAAGGUUGGGAAUGAGUACGUGACCAAAGGUCAAACUGUGGAGCAGGUGAACAAUGCUGUAGGUGCUCUGGCAAAAGCUGUCUAUGAGAGGAUGUUCUUGUGGAUGGUUGUUCGUAUCAACCAACAGCUGGAUACCAAGCAACCCAGGCAGUACUUCAUUGGCGUCCUGGACAUUGCUGGCUUUGAGAUAUUUGAUUUCAACAGCUUUGAGCAGCUAUGCAUCAACUUCACCAAUGAGAAACUGCAACAGUUCUUCAACCACCACAUGUUUGUGCUGGAGCAGGAGGAGUACAAAAAGGAAGGAAUUGAAUGGACUUUCAUUGACUUUGGGAUGGACCUGGCUGCCUGCAUUGAGCUCAUUGAGAAGCCCAUGGGCAUCUUCUCCAUCCUGGAAGAGGAGUGCAUGUUCCCCAAGGCAACUGACACCUCUUUCAAGAACAAGCUCUAUGACCAGCAUCUGGGCAAAUCCAGCAAUUUCCAGAAACCCAAGCCUACCAAAGGGAAGGUUGAGGCCCACUUCUCCCUGAUACAUUAUGCUGGUAUAGUGGACUACAACAUCACUGGCUGGCUUGAGAAGAACAAAGACCCCCUAAAUGAAACUGUCAUUGGGUUGUACCAGAAAUCAUCCUUGAAGACACUGGUCUUACUGUUUGCCAACUAUGGUGGAGCAGAUGCAGAGGGUGGUGGCAAAAAGGGUGGCAAGAAGAAGGGUUCUUCUUUCCAGACUGUCUCAGCUCUUUUCCGG